AUGUUCAUAAGGAGCGACGAGGGACACCCAAAGGCCACAACUAAGGGGACUAAGGAUAACUCGAAGCGAUAUCGCGAGAAAAUAAAAAAGGACCCGAUGAAGUUUGAGGAAUAUCGCGCCAGAGAAGCUGAAAGAAGUCGUUUAUAUCGCAAGAAACUGAAGGAAGUGGUCAAAAAGAACAAAAAAGUUCUAAAAACAAAGAGAGAAACCGAUCGAAUUAGACAGCAAAGAUAUCGGGAGAAAAAGAAGGAAGAACUCGCCAAUCAGAAGUCAAUGGAAGAAAUGGUGAAGAAAGUGGAGCGGGCGCUGCCUGCAAAAAAUUCCCGAAAGAUUGAAGUCAUUAAAAUACUGUAUAGGAAAUAUGUUGAACCUGAAAGCCCUGAAAACUAAGACUAAACUAACAUAAUGCCAUGAUCUAGGCCAUCGUAGGAGAAUUACAAAAAUAAAUAUCAAACACAUAAUGUCAUUCUAAUGACAUUUAAAAAGAAUUCAAAUAUUUACAAGUUUGAAACACUUCCAGGUGGACUGUUGGAAUAAAUAAGUACUUUACAAAUAAA